UUUUUUUUGGUGUGAUAAACCAACCAAAACCAUUGAUUUAAAAUCCAUAUUAUCGAGUAUUAUCAAUUUUCCCUUCACUCAUAUUUUGGUGCGCAAUUUCCUUCAUUCCCAGUUCCCCACACCCACCACUUUUGGCUUUACGUUUGUUCCGUUGCUCAACUACACGCCACUAUACUUUUCGUAACCAGAGUCCCCCUUUUUUUUCUUCCCCACAAAAAUUCCUGAAUCGCAGGACAUUCCCGUCUUCAAUCUCCAUCUGACCCGCCUUCAGCGAAUCCAGCAGCUCUCAACGCGCCGGAAAUUCCUACGCCGACUGGAUUCCUCGCCAUUCAUUACAGAAAACCAGGUUUGAUUCCUUCCCUUCCUAAUUUCUCGCUACCCUAUUCUUGAGCUACACCCUUCAACACCCUCCAAGAAUCCGAGUUUUUCUCUCUGAGAAGGACAAACAAAGAGAGAGAUAGAGAAAGAAAAGAACUCGAUCGCCCUCUGUUAGCUCUGUUUGAUGUUCUUCUCUCUAAUAAUUCGUGGACAUGUUUUGGCAUUAUGGUUCCAUUCCCAUGAUUUUCGGAGCCUAUUGAUUCGUGGGUCGUUGUCAAAUUUCUGUCUUUCUUUCUUUCUCUGUUGUUGAGAGAACCUAGAUAAAUAAGAUUAUGGCGUCUGGUGGUCUGGUUUCCUCUUCCUCCGGGACCAUGGGUCGCUCUCUUGUUCUGAUUAUGCUUGCUGUAAUGGCGUUUAGUAGGUGCAUUAUUUGUAUGGCGACAGCAGUAGAAGAAAGGAGUUUACUGGAAACGGCAGAAUUCACCCUCGACUCAGUGAGACAGUCUUUAACUGGCCAGGAAGACACCAUUGUGUACAGGUUGAUAGAGAGAGCCAAGUUUCCCUUGAAUUCUCGACUCUACGAUCAGAAAUAUGAGUUGGUCCCUGGAUCUCCUGGCACUUUGAUUCAAUUCCUUUUCAAGCAAACUGAAAUUGUUCAAGCCAAGGCUGGGAGGUACCUAAAUCCGGAAGAAACCCCCUUCUUUCCUGAGAAUCUUCCACCAUCAGUGAUUCAAGAUCGCACAUAUCCUGUGUUCCUGCAUCUCCCUGCUGCUUCUGUUAACGUGAACAGCAUCAUUUGGGAUGUCUACUUCAACAAAUUCCUUCCGUUGUUAGUCAAACCAGGGGAUGAUGGUAAUUAUGCUGCAACUUCUGCUAGCGAUAUCGAGUUGUUACAGGUAACUGAGGACUGGAUGUGUCUGCAGCAACACAAAUGAUCUGACUUGACUAUCAGAUUCUGGUUCGAUGGUGCAACAUUAUGAUAUAUAGUACCAAUACAACUCUUUCAAUACUGCUUCCUUGGCAGGCACUCUCUAGGAGGAUUCAUUAUGGGAAAUUUGUGGCUGAAGUUAAGUACCGGGAAGCACCUCAUGAAUACGAGCCUCUAAUUCGUGCCAAGGACAGGAAUGCUCUGAUGAACUUGUUGACAUUCAAGAAGCAAGAGGAGAUGGUGAUGAGAAGGGUUGAGAAGAAAGGGAUGGUGUUUGGACAAUAUGUGAGCCUGAAUGACACAGAAAGCACUGGCAAGUACAAGAUUGAUCCAUCUCUUGUGUCUCAGCUCUAUGAGAAGUGGGUGAUGCCUCUAACGAAGGACGUCGAGGUCGAGUAUCUGCUCAAGAGAUUGGACGGAGAACAAAAGCAAGUGCCUUAAAUAUGAUAAUGCUAUAUGCCCUUGUAACAGAAGAUCCCUAUUGCUUUAGAUAUUCUUGAAUGGUGUAGUAUAAUAGUACAAACCGACUGUUUCUUAACAAAAUGCCUCCUCUCUGGGAAGUGACUUUAGGCCUUCUAUUCUAGCAAGUGAGGAGACUAGUUGAGUUUCAAUCAGAUUGUAUUAGAAUACUUCCUACAAACUUCUAUCUCAUUGGUGUAUUCUGAAAAUAUAAGAGAGUCGAAAAACAUGAGAGGCAAUCAUGUUAAGACCAGCUAAAUUCUCUGAGGUCCAUGGGCUUAAGUUCGGCCCGACUCCCCUACUCGUGGCCCAAUCGAACAACAUCGAAAGCCCGGCUUCUUUUCUUUUCCUAAUA